UCUCAUCAUCCUCUCUUUCCCUCUUCAUCGUGCUAAAACCCUAAUUUCCAAUCGUUUUCGCUCUCUAGCCAUGGUCGAGCGACGAUGGAGGCCUCUAAUCCUCGCCUCCACCCGCGCCAUCCUCGACUCCGUCGUCAACUCCGCCAAAUCCAUCAGCGCCGCGGAGGACGACGGCGUUCUCCGCCCUCGUAGGUCUCGCUUCGCCAACGAAGAUGGGGGCUCCGCCUCCGCCUCGCUCCGGCUCAAGGCCGGGAUCUCGUGCGGCGCCUGCCCCCAGAGACGCGUGCGUACUACGCCAAGUACGCACGCGAGAACUUCGUCAACUACCGCGACGCCGAUCCCUCCACCUCCCUCUCCGACCUCCUCCGCCGCGCCUACUCCUACUCCACCUGGGUUCUCAACAAGUACUCGCUCGACGAAUAAGCUGUGGCGAAGCUCAAGGAGAUAUAUGGGUGCUGAGCAGUGGCGUUGGGGGCGCGCCUCAUACACGCACGGGGAUUCAGCUAUCAUGGGCAUUGUAGAUAUUGAUAAUGACAAAGCCAAUCCUCAAAUGUGCAGCCUUUAUGCAUCGGAGAUAUAUACAAAUCUGUGUGCUACAGAGGACAUUGGAGGAGGGUCUGCAGAAACUUUCAGCGAUAUCUUGGAUAUGCAAGAACAAAGUAGAAGAUCAACUGAUGAAGAUUCAGGAGCUUUGGAACAAGAAGUUACAGAGAAGUAGUGCCAUAAAUAUAAUGGACUGUCCACUUUGCUUAAUUAUUUCGAAGAUUGUAUUGUAGAAAAUUCUGCAAAAGCUUAAUUUAUAAUAUUAAUGCCUAUUUUGCUAUUUUACAUUAGCUGCUAAUAAUCUCAUAGAUGCCAACUAAUUCUUUAUGCGCUUGUUGACUUGUCAAAGUAUUAUGAAUUAAUAUUCUUGCAAAGUCAGAAGGUGUUCUUGUAAUAUGAUUUUAUA